CCUGUGACUUGUUGGAAAAAAAGGAAAAAGCAACAAUAAUUUACUUUAUGGACACCCAGUCAAGUGGCCCAGGGCAACCCCAGUCACAGACGUUGUGACUUUCAAAUCACCUUUUACAACUGGCUCUAAUAUUCUGAUCAACUUUGACUCAAAAUUUAAGACAUAAAACAGAAUCUUGACAAAAUAGAGCACAAAUUGGCUGAAAAUUUUUGUUGGCAUAAUUUGUACCACACAAUCUGUAAAAGUUAGUGCCUACUAAAUCUUUUAGAUCUCCAGGAUAACUCACAAAUGUUUACAGACUUAGAAACAAACUACUCAUUCCCUUUACAUUUAGGUCCUCACUUCAGCUUUCUUACUUGGGUUUCACUCUCUUCAAAUCUCUUAUUCUUAAAAUGUAUUCAAAACAGAUACAGUUAAAAGCAAAACAGUCUAAUGCACAGAAUAAUAAAAAGAUUAUUUUAAAUUCUUGGAGUUCCCGUCGUGGCGCAGUGGUUAACGAAUCUGACUAGGAACCAUGAGGUUGAGGGUUCGAUCCCUGCCCUUGUUCAGUGGGUUAACGAUCCGGCGUUGCCGUGAGCUGUGGUGUAGGUUGCAGACGCGGCUCGGAUCCCGCAUUGCUGGCGUAGGCUGGCAGCUACAGCUCCGAUUCGACCCCUAGCCUGGGAACCUUCAUAUGCUGUGGGAACGGCCCAAGAAAUGGCAAAAAGACAAAAUAAAUAAAAACUAAAAAAUUAAAUUCUCUGCUAGCCUACAUAUUAGGUCGGCAACUAUUACUUAAGGAUAAGAAGGUUACUUAAAAUUAUAAAUGAAUCUUUUAAAAUUAAGUCUUAAAAUUAGACCAUGAAAGUGCCUUGAAAAGAAUGAAAAUAUACUUUGAUCUUUCAGUCUUUUGUAUAUAGAUAAAAGCAAGCCACUGAAAUACAAAUGCCCAUUACAGAAACUGUAAUUAUAAAAUCCGGUGUUGUCACAGGUGAUGUCAACUAUAGUGACUCGAAAAGCAAAAAACCCCCUAAGAGUAUAAUUUUGAGGCACCCUUUUGUUUCUCCUCAAGCCCACCAUCCUCCUUGUUAAUGUUUUUCUUAAUCUUUUUUUGGCCACAAAUAGGGGACAGAGAAUUUACUGCCUUAACUUACUGUUUCCAGCAACAUUGAGUAUAAGUUUUGAACAAGGCACAAUGUAAAUAAAUGUAAGUUUUAAAACACUGUAUUUUUCUUGUUCAAAACCAUCUCCAGUUCGCGAACGGGUACAAAUCGCAUACCAUCUCCAAUCUUUGUACUUUCAGAGGCAAUUCUGGCUUAAUGCAAUGUAUCUGUGUGGCCCAGUGGUUGCCUAGAAAGGUGGCUUUUCUGGGGGUAGAGGUGGGUGGGAGUGCAGGGUGCCCCAAAUUUAUAGUAACGACAACAGUCAAAAACAUCCAGCCCUCGGCCCCAACCCACCCAGUCGCACUCGGUCAUUCUUGGUAUCUUCUUUAUUUUCUCGGCAAACGCAGUCUUUUCCUGCAGCAGAUGGCGAGAAAGCCAGCGAGCGCAGAGGGCACGCGGCCCUUCCACUACGCCCAAUUAAAGCAGCAAAGAGAAGGCGAGCCGUCGGCUGGACCAAUACGUGAAAACGAAUCCUCUUAAUCCCGGGACCUGUCCUCCUGGGUGGAAUCCUUUCGUGUGGUUGUAGAAGCCCGUCUCCAUAGUGACCGGCCACUGCUCCUCUCCAGUGCCGGGGCCCGGAUGUUGUGAGGAUCACUACCUCGGGGCCCAGCUUCCUGCAGCCUCGCCGCGGCCGGCUGCGCUUCCCUUCGGGAGUCGUAGUUCUUUCCUCCGCCACCUACCGUUAUGAGGUUCGGGAGGGACUACGAGUCCCGGCAUGCGCCACGGCGCCCCGCCAGCCACCGCCUCCUGGCUGCGGACGCUUGGGAGCAGGUUGUUGUUUUUAUGAGAGGCGUCACUGCUCUGGGAGCUGUGACUGCCGCCACCACGACAACCAGCGCCGUCCCGCGGGGGGUGGCGCUGCUCCUUCAGGGCUGCACCUGCAGCAUAUGAAAGUUUGACUCCAGACCAGGAGUCGAAUUGGAGCUGCAGCUAAGGCCUAUGCCACGGCCACAUCAACACUGGAACUGAGCCGCUUCUUCGACCUACGCCACAGCUUGCAGCAUCCUUAACUCACUGAGGGAAGCCAGGGGUCGAACCCAUAUCCUCACAGAACCUAGAAGGGAUUGAACCUUUAAGUCACAAGGAAACUCCACCCUCUUCACUCUUAAUCUGCAUAUUUUAUUUGUUUGUACUCAUCUUACUUGUUGCUGUAAUCUUCAAAAUCUAUUUUGAGCUCUAAAGACCUGAAAAAUGUCUGAAAAUUCCAGUGACAGUGAUUCAUCUUGUGGUUGGACUGUCAUCAAUCAUGAGGGGUCUGAUAUAGAGAUGGUAAAUUCUGAGCCUGGUACGGCCAGUGACAGCUGUUUGCUCACCCCAGAAUGUUCAUCUUUAUCGCAAGAGGAGCUGCAAGUAUUGCAGUUAGAGCAGGGAGAGAGCAGCCAGAAUGGCACAGUAUUAUUGGGAGCAUCUGCUUACCCGGCUUUGGAGGAAAUGACGUCAGCACUUGAGGGAGAGGAAGAAAAGUUACUUGAGGACAACCUCUAUUUUGGAACUGUCAGUGAUGAUUCUGAUAUUGUUACCCUUGAGCCACCUAAGGUAGAAGAAGUUGGAAAUCAAGAAGAAGCAAUAAUUGUUAAAGAAGAAGAGAGUCCAGAAGACUUUAAUAUGGGUUCUUCCUCUAGCAGCCAGUAUACGUUUUGUCAGCCAGAAACUGAAAGGUGGUGGGAGAAGCUGUGGAAGAUUCCUGAAUGCAUAAGGGGCUGGGAUGAUCAGCUGAAACACCAUGUUCCUAGCCAACUCGCUUUCCAAGUAUUUUCAUCUCAGCCUAGCAAUGAUGAGUCAAGUAGUGAUGAAACCAGUCAUCAGCCCAGUCCAGCCUUUAGACGACGCCGUGCUAGGAAGAAGACUGUUUCUAGUUCAGAGUCUGAAGAAAGGCUACUUGCUGAACAAGAAACUGAACCCUCUAAGGAUCUGUGUAAACGUCAGUUCAGUAGUGGUCUCAAUAAAUGUGUUAUACUUGCUUUGGUGGUUGCAAUCAGCAUGGGAUUUGGACAUUUCUAUGGUAAACAUGGAGGCACAAUUCAGAUUCAGAAGCGUCAACAGUUAGUCAGAAAGGUACAUGAAGAUGAGUUGAAUGAUAUGAAAGACUAUCUUUCCCAGUGUCAACAGGAACAAGAAUCAUUUAUAGAUUAUAAGUCAUUGAAGGAAAAUCUUGCAAGGUGUUGGACCCUUACUGAAGCAGAAAAGAUGUCCUUUGAAACCCAGAAAAAGAACCUUGAUACAGAAAAUCAGCAUCUAAGAAUAUCUCUGGAGAAGGAGGAAAAAGCCUUAUCUUCAUUACAAGAAGAAUUAAGAAAACUAAGAGAACAGAUUAGGAUAUUAGAAGAUAAAGGUACAAGUGCUGAAUUAGUUACAGAAAAUCAGAAACUUAAACAGCACUUGGAAGAAGAAAAGCUGAAAACACACAGCUUCCUUAAUCAAAGGGAGACUCUGUUGGCAGAAGCAAAGAUGCUAAGGAGGGAACUGGAAAGAGAACGACUGAUAACCGUGGCUUUAAAGGUGGAACUCCAACAGUUAAGCUCAAGUCAGUCAUACGGCAGUCCAGACUCUCCCAGUGUAGUGGCUGAAAAAAAGGAAAUAGAAAUGUUACGGGAAAGACUUACUGAGCUGGAGCGCAAGCUAAACUUUGAACAGCAGCGUUCUGAUUUGUGGGAAAGACUGUAUGUUGAAGCAAAAGAUCAAAAUGGAAAACAAGAAACUGAUGGAAAAAAGAAAGGGAACAGAGGAAACCACAGAGCUAAAAAUAAGUCAAAGGAAACAUUUUUGGGUUCUGUUAAGGAAACAUUUGAUGCCAUGAAGAAUUCUACCAAGGAGUUUGUGAGGCAUCAUAAAGAAAAAAUUAAACAGGCUAAAGAAGCUGUGAAAGAAAAUCUGAAAAAAUUCUCAGAUUCAGUUAAAUCCACUUUCAGGCAUUUCAAAGAUACCACCAAGAACAUCUUUGAUGAAAAAGGCAAUAAAAGAUUUGGUGCUCCAAAAGAAAACGUAGCUAAAAAACCAGUGGUUUUUAGUGAAUAUUUACAUCCACAGUAUAAGGCACGUACACAAAACCAGAAUAGUAGAGGCCCUACUACGCAAAGAGAGGGAAGGAAAGAAAAGCCUCACUUUGAAGAAUUUGGAAAAUUUAAAAAUUCACAGAAAUGCAGUGCUGAGCAUGACUGUGGUGAAAAUUACAAUUCUUUCAGAAAGGCUUGUUCUGGUGUAUUUGAAUGUGCUCAACAGGAAUCCAUUAAUCUUUUUAAUGUUAAAAUGUUGAAUCCUGUAAGGAUAGAUGAAUUUAGACAGUUAAUUGAAAGGUAUUUAUUAGAACAACUGGAUAGUUUUCAUCACUGGAAAGAACUUGAUCACUUCAUCAAUAAGUUUUUCCUAAAUGGUGUCUUUAUACAUGAUCAGAAGCUCUUCACUGACUUUGUUAAUGAUGUUAAAGAUUAUCUUAAAGACAUGAAGGAAUAUCAAGUAGAUAAUGAUGGAGUGUUUGAGAAGUUGGAUGGAUAUAUAUAUAAACACUUCUUUGGUCACACCUUUUCCCCUCCAUAUGGACCCAGUCGACCAGAUAAAAAGCAACGUAUGGUAAAUAUUGAAAGCUCCAGGCAUCGAAAACAAGAGCAGAAGCAUCCUCAGCCACAACCUUAUAAAAGGGAAGGUAAAUGGCAUAAAUAUGGUCGCACUAAUGGAAGAUAUAUGGCAAACCUUGAAAUAGAAUUGGGGCAAUUACCUUUUGAUCCUAAAUAUUGACCAUCACAAUUAAGUUAAAUUAGAAAACUGUAACAGAAACUUGGAUGCUUUCUAUGUUUGGUGUUGAAACUAAGAUGAAAUUAUCAAAAUAACAAUGUCUUUUUAUCAUUUCUAUGUAUCAGUUUGAUGACUUUAUAUUAUUACUCAGAAGCAUCAAGCAAAAGCUUACUAACUUGCAUUUUCCUGUAGUUUAGCUUUGCUGAAUUUUUCUGGCACUGAAAAUGUUCAACUGUAGUUUUAUUAAGGAAGCCAAGCAUGCAACAAAUUUUGUGCAUGAAAUGAGACUUCCUUUCAGUGUAUGAGCUUAAAGCAAGCUCAAAUCAUACAUGACAAAGUGUAAUUAACACUGAUAUUUGUGUUAAAUUUACAGUAGAGCUUGAAAAAAGUACAUUGUGAUGGAAUUUCAUCUUUAACAUUUUAUAAUCUUACACUCACUUCUUGUCUUUUUGUGGGUUCAAGAGCCCGUUGACUUGUGAAGAAUUUGCUGCCUUCUUAUGAGCUUGCUGACUUGUUCUCUUGUGAAAUUUCUUAAACAUCUGAAUAUUGUGGAAGAAACAAUAAAACUACACCAUGAGGAAAA